AGAGGCUUGGAAAAAUCCUUGAUAAAAAAUAAUGUAUGUAUGCAACGCAACUGUUAUAAGAUUUUUGGAAAUUUUGAUGAAUUAAAUUAGAAUUAAGAUGUUCAAUUGACUGGAUAAAUUAAAGUUCUAAUUUAAGAUGCUAAAUUGACUUGUUGCAACGCUAACUACAGCGCAUGCGCCAUCUUGCCAACCAAUGGUGGACGAUGGCGGCAAAAUAAAAUCAAUGUUUUUUUAAUUUAGUCUUAUUUUAGAGCUCAAAUAAAUAUUGUACAUUAUUGAAUAUUAAACUUUAAAUUGUUUUCUCAUUAAUUAAUAGCCAAAAAAUAUUCUAUCAUAAUUAAAACAAAAGGAAGUAUUGAAAAUGUUGUGUGAAAGUGGGCGUGACCUACGCCGGCGGGGCAUCGUUGGCGAGGGAGUGGGAGGUGGGUAGGGAUAGUGGAAGGGUGGAUGCGGCUUCGUGGUUUCCCUGCGCACAAGUUGCUUCUUAGUUGGCGUUUUGCUGCCGAACAGGCAACAGCUCUCUGCGAAGGUGGAGCAAGCCGAAAUUAUAGUUCAGAAGAAACUUUGAAAUUGUGCGGCAACCAUGCCGCUUUUACAUCGGGAGAGUAGUCGCGGUGGCGGCGGCUCGCAGGAGAGCCGUUGCUCGGUGGCCGAGAUCAUGGACGCCUCUCGCGCCGGCGACGCGAGCGCGCCGAAAGCAAAUCUUGCUAAUGGUUCGAGUUCCGCGUGGCGCUGGGAACCGCCGGGCAGCCCGGAGGCGGCGCAGAGUCCCCGCGCGCUGGUGCCGGCCGCCUGCUUCCCGCCCCGAGAACAUCCCCAGGCUUUCUCUAGCUUCAGUGAGCUAGCUGAGCCGGGCAGCUGGUCGAAAGAACCCAUCGAGGGCCUUGCGGACCUGGUGGACUCCUUUAAGGCCCUGGCGGCGCCGUCGCAGGUCCUGCGCCGCGCGCCGUCCGCGCAGAAGCGCAGCCGCUCCAUCCAGACGCGGCUCAGCUGUGAACUUACCGUGGAGUCGUGGCCGUCUGAGGCAGCGUUCUCGCAGGCGCAGGCCGAGCGUCAGGACGCGGCGCGCCGCGCAUCUUUUUGCGGCGCCGUGGACCCCGCCCACAAGUUGCUAACUUGGAGCGGCGUGCUGCCGCUGCGCUGCAUGGACGCGAACCCUCCCGGCGGCUUCUCCGCCAAGGUGUUCAUGGGCGGCCUGCCCUGGGACAUCAGCGAGGAGGCGCUCAUACACGCGCUCAAGGAGUUCCACCCCACAUGCGUGCAGUGGCCGGGGCUGGACGCGGCGCCGCGCGGCUUCGCGUACGUGACGCUGGAGAGCGAGCGCCGCGUGCGCGCGCUGCUGCACGCCUCGCGCCGCCACGCCGGCAAGUGGAUCUACCGCGUCACCUCGCGCAACAUGCGCACCAAGGACGUGGAAGUGAUUCCGUGGGCGCUGGCGGACUCCAACUGGGUGUGCCCGACGCGCGGCGGCGGCAGCUCGGUGCGGCUGGAGUCGGCGCGCACGGUGUUCGUGGGCGCGCUGCACGGCGUCAUGUCCGCCUCCGCGCUCGCCACCAUCAUGGGCGACCUGUUCUCGGGUGUCGUGUACGCAGGUAUCGACAUGGACAAGCACAAGUACCCGAUCGGGUCGGGGCGCGUGAUGUUCAACAACGUGCGCUCGUACGUGCGCGCCGUCUGCGCCGCCUACGUCGAGAUUCGCACCGACAAGUUCACCAAGAAGAUCCAGGUGGAUCCAUAUCUGGAGGACGCGAUGUGCUCAGUUUGCAAUCUGCAGCAGGGGCCAUACUUUUGCCGGGAGCCAGGCUGUUUUAAAUUUUCUCAUUUCAGUUACUUCUGCCGUUCUUGCUUGGCGUGGCAGCACCCUUUGGAGAACCACAGGGUGAUCACGCGCAACUGCAAGUUUAACAAGUUCAACGGAAGCAAUGGCAUUGUCAACAACGGCAACAGCUACAGUAACGGCAAUGGCAUUGUCAACGGCAAUGGCUACAGCAACGGUAAUGGCUACAGCGAUGGUAAUGGCAUUGUCAACAACGGCAAUGGCUAUAGCAACGGUAAUGACUAUAGCAACGGCAAUGGAAGCUAUAGCAACGGCAAUGGAAGCUAUAGCAACGGCAAUGGAAGCUAUAGCAACGGCAAUGCAAGCUAUAGCAACGGCAAUGGAAGCUAUAGCAACGGCAAUGGCCAUGGAAGCUAUGUCAAUGGCCAUGGAAACUAUAUCAAUGGCAAUGGUAGCUACAAUGAGAAUGGUAGCUACAUCAACAGCAAUGGUAAUUACAAUAAUGGGAAUGGUAGUUACAUCAACAGCAAUGGUAGCUACAAUAAUGGGAAUGGUAGCUACAGCAACGGCAAUGGCUACAGUUACGGCAAUAGCAGCAACGGCAGCAGCAACUGUAGCAGCAACGGCAGCAACGGCAGCAACGGCCAGCGCCAGUCUGCCAGCGAGCUAGGCAGUCUGUGCAAUGGCCGUGUAACACCAGCUCGCGCGACCCCGGCCACGUCCACGAGCGGCGCGUCGGCGGCCGACGGCGGCGACGAGCUGGCGGCGCUGGGCUGGGGCUCCGCGGAGCCCUAGCGGCCGCGCACCGGACCGACACAGAUCCCACGAUUGAUGCGCACAAUCCUCAACAUUCCAAGUCGGGAAACUCUAUAGCAUUGUGAAUCCUGAACACCUUCGAGGCUUAGAGGUUCGCUAAAAAUAUCUAGGAGGACUUUCAUAUUCUUCUGAAACAUUGUGGAAUGCAUUCAAAAACUUCGGAGCGUGAUAUUCCCGCGACAUUGUGCGAGAUCACAAUGCAAAACGUUAGUCGAAAUCUGUAGCUCUGAUGUAGUCCGACCCAAAGUAUUGCUCCUGAAAACCUUAACGGUGAUAAAAUUCCCGAAAAUUACGCGAACUCUUUUGUGUGGAAAGUGCGUAGCCAGUGUGGCGUAGUGUCGGUCUGCACAGUGGUAUUGUCGAGCCGCUAUUAAGUUGGGCGCUUCGUCAGCCGUAGCUUAUAAUGGUUAGUCGUAGUGUCAAUCGAUUUUAAUGUGAUUAAUCCACUUAUAAAUCAUUUUUAGUUGAUUUUUUUUGAAUACAAUUUGUAUUAAAAUUUAUUUACAUUUUUUUUUUUAUUCGAAUUUUUAAAUACAGUUUGUAUAAAAUUUUAUUUACAUUUUAUUUUGUUAUCCUUUUUAAGUUGAUUGGAUGAAUUUAUUUUAUUCAAAACUUAUUUUUAUUAAUAAAGUUGAUUAUUUUAGGUAUGCAAAGUAUGGUAUUUAUAAUUUUGCGUUAAUUGACUUAUUUUUCAGGACCCUUUAGUGCAAGUUUUAAGUAAAGUCAUUUGACAAUGUGGCCAAUUAUGUACACAAUCUCUAAACUGAAAAGUCUAUAUAGCUAUUCUUUUCAAAAAGCUUCUUGCAGGAAAGGGAUAGCACUAGACCCAUCAGUUUAGAGAUUGUGUACAACAGAAUUCGCUACACUAAAUCUCAAAGAAAAAUACCUGACAACUUGCACUUUAGGUUCUAUAUUGACUAAUUUGUUUACCGAAAGCCCGCGAGUGCCAGACCUUCGUUAUUUUAUGAAAGUUUCUCUGCGUAUUGUCCCCAACAACGGGAGGAACUCGGUGACUAUGAAGUUUGGAUUAUGGUGGCGUUGGGAGAUUUUUUCAUUUUUUUCGGUAUAGUAUUAGAAAUCGCGUCAUGCUUUGUCAGACUCUUAGUGUUUGUGGCAACUCUCUGCCAGACGCCCUUAAAGUUUAAGGGUGUCUGGCAGGGAGUUGCCACAAAUAAGGCGUGUCUGGCAAUGCAUAUGACGUUUCUAAUACUAUUCCGAAGAAAAUAUAAAAAACACUUUGAAGUAAUAACGCCUUUGUUACCCUGUUAUCUCCCAAAGCCACCAUGACCCAAACUGCAAAUUCGCUGAUCGUUCCUGUGUGGGCGAUAAUACGCAGAACCUCGGCUUUUAUUAUAAAAUAAAGGUCUGGCCCUCGCGGGCUAGUCCAUUAGUUUUAAGUUUAUUUAUUGUGUAAUUAUUUUUGAAUUGCCAAAACAAAGCCACUAUAUUUAUGUGUAAUUAUUUUUAACUGGCAUAUUAAAGCCACUAUUAUGUAUAAUUAUUUUUUGAAUGUUAAAUUAAAGCCACCAUUAUGUAAAAUUAUUUUUGCAUUGGCAAAUUAAAGCCACUAUUUUUAUCUACAAUCAUUUUUUAAUUGGCAAAUUAAAGUCACUAUUUUUAUCAUGUAAGUUAAUUUAUAACUUGUGCCUAAAAAUUAGAGAAAUUUUAACCAAUUUUAAGGUGCCUUUAGACUAGGCUGUCCAUUGUUAACUUUUAAACAUUUUUAAAUGGCUUUUAAAUGUAAUCGAAGUAAAUUUUAUAGAAUUUUAGGAAUGUUUAUAAUAUUGUAAAAUAGCAGUAUUGAAUGCUGUUUUUAACUAGCUUGUUAAUUGGUUUUAAAAUAUACAGAUCAAUGUUAUAACUAAUUAUAAAUUAUAUU